AUGGCGCUAAUCAGCAACAAAAAUCACCUGCUGAGAUAUUUAUUCCACGAUGCACUUGAGAGUGAUGUAGAUACCAAAGAAAAUAUUUUUGAUGUUAAUUCUAUACAGAAUUUAGAUUGUGGAGUCUUUAUGGCAAACAAUUAUUAUCAUGGGUAUUUGAAAUUGAUAAUUCCUUCAUCAGGCACUGUCAUUAAAGGUUUAGUUGAAAAAAUAGAAAAUAUUGAAGACAUACAUAACAUAAAUAUAGCAGUUCAUAAACUAUUCAUCUUAAUUCCAUCAUCAUCAUAUAUCCCACCUGAUCUAAAAGAAGCUUCAUAUAAAUGGAUGGAAAGUGCUAUGGAUCUAGAAGAUGAGAUACGUAAUCGAGCAGGAGUUAAAAGACGGACAUUUCAUAACACUGUAUAUAAAAUUUAUGCCAAUGGUGAACGAAAAAAUGCACCUGUGUACGUAGUGGUAGAAGGUGCAUCACCUUUACUAACUUUCUUUGAGAUUGAGAAAUAUUUUUAUUCUAUAAAAAAUGUCUACAAGAAAUAUCGUAAAAAUAUUAUAAAACAAUUUUAUAAAGAAUUAAAAAUGUUACUAGAUAAUGAUCCAGAAUUAAGAGAUUUUUGUGAAUUAAUUUAUUAUGAUGAUUAUGAUAAUAAUGGUGUUAAAGUCAAUAUUGCGAAAGUUAUUUUAGACAGAUUGUCUGAAAUUCAGAACAAUAAUUUAAUAAAAGAUAAUUUACUUAAAUGUUAA